UAAACAAUAAGAGUUUGUCUCCAACUUAAAGAGUGCAGAAAAUGGCAGAAGAGAGGUCGCUUGAAUAUACACCCACAUGGGUCGUAGCCUUUAUCUGUUUCAUCAUCGUUCUCUUAUCUCUUCUCGCUGAACGUGGUCUUCAUCAUCUUGGAAAGUGUCUGAAGCGUAGGCGACAAGAUGCCUUGUUUGAGGCCUUGCAGAAACUUAAAGAAGAGCUGAUGCUCCUGGGGUUUAUCUCUUUAAUGUUAACGGUGUCUCAGGCCGCCAUUAGGCAUAUAUGUGUCCCACGAGCUCUUGUUAGCAGCAUGUUCCCUUGUAAAAAGCCAUUGGAGAAGCAUCAUGCUCCGGAAUCAUCUCAUACGCUUAGACAUCUACUUUCCACAGGAGCAAGUCCAGACCAUUGUGCUGCCAAGGGGCAGGUUCCUUUAGUAUCCGUUGAAGCAUUGCAUCAACUCCAUAUCUUCAUCUUCGUGCUAGCGGUUUUUCACGUCAUCUUCUGUGCCUCAACCAUGGUUCUUGGAGGAGCCAGGAUACAACAAUGGAAGCAUUGGGAGGAUAGGUUCAAGAAACAUCCUUCUCAAAAAGACGCAUUAAAACGUGACCAUGCUCAUCCUCACGCUCAUGCCCUUCACGAGUUAUUCAACGCAAAUCACGAGUUCUUCGCCAUGCAUGCUGGUGGAUUCUGGAGAAGAUCUGUUGUCAUUAGCUGGCUGAGAUCAUUCUUCAAACAGUUUUAUGGUUCUGUCACCAAAUCAGAAUAUAUAGCUCUACGACAAGGGUUCAUCAUGACCCAUUGCCCCACAAACCCAUCAUUUAAUUUUCACAAGUACAUGCUAAGAACACUGGAGAUAGACUUCAAGAAAGUUGUGAGCAUAAGCUGGUAUCUUUGGCUAUUUGUCGUCGUCUUUCUGCUGCUGAAUGUAGGAGGAUGGAAUACUUACUUCUGGUUGUCUUUUUUGCCUUUGAUCCUCUUACUAAUGGUGGGUGCCAAACUGGAGAAUAUAAUAAGUACCUUAGCUGUGGAUGUUUGCGAGAAGCGAAACCGCUCAGAAGAAGCAGUCAUCACACCUUCUGAUGAACUCUUUUGGUUCCAUAAGCCAGAGAUUGUUCUCCAAAUCAUCCACUUCAUUCUCUUUCAGAAUUCAUUUGAGAUCGCUUUCUUCUUCUGGAUUUUGUUCACAUACGGAAUACGUUCGUGUAUCAUGGAGAGACUAGGCUUCCUUAUUCCACGGCUCGUCAUGGGAGUGUUAGUCCAAGUGCUUUGCAGUUACAGCACGUUACCACUAUACGCUCUUGUUACACAGAUGGGUAGCAAAUUCAAGAAAGGGAUAUUCGACGAUGUAGUACAGUCGACACUGGAAGUAUGGUUGCAAGAUACAAGGAGCAAAGGCGACUCCACGAGCCAAUCUCGCAGGUUGGAGAUACAACCCACGACUCCCGAGGCUUUUAACGUCCAAGUCAAUGAAGUCACUGAAGUCACUGAAUGUGAAAACUCCCAAGUCCAAUAGGAUCCGCCACAUCACUCUCUAUGUUAAUCCCUUAAUUCGCUAUAACAUUUCCACUACAUCGCUGUGCUAUAUGCUACUUUUAGAGCUCUCAUCACAAGAAUGUGUCUUAUCGGUUUGAAACUCACUUGAACCAAUCUUUUGACUAACCCCUUAAAUAAAGAGUUAUU